CGGGAAAUUGUUCUGUCCACGAUCGGUUUUGUUUUGUGCAGAAAACUGGAAUUCCGAGUUCAGACAGCAAAACUGCGAAGGGCCACCAACCAUCUUCAUUCCAGUGCCUUCUUCUCUCUCUCUCUCUCUCUCUCGCGGGGUCGCUUUCCCAAAUUUUGGGUUUCUGCUCGUCUUCUUCAAAAUGAGCAUCAACCAAUUCGCUAUGGUGGAGGAAUUGGCUUUCCUGGUGAAGGACAACCUUCCCUGCAAGCAUCUUGUCCUCUCUGUGGAGGAGGCUUUGGUGAAUUUCCUUCAGGAUGACUCCAGAUUGUGGGAAAAAUUUCUUAGAUUAUUGUCUUUGCAGUGGAGAUGAGAUUCUGGAAUUGGAACCGAUGAACUCCUACAACCGUCUUCUUCUUCAUCGGCUGGCUGAUAUAUUUGGGUUUGCCCAUGAAUCCGUGGGUGAAGGAGAUGACCGGCAUUUGAUCUUGGAGCGUUGCCCUGAAACAUCAAUACCUUCCAUUCUUGUUAGUGAUAUCUUAUGGCAGUGUGAUGAACCUCAACCUCUGCCAUCAUCGUACCAGAUACUGAGGAGAAAAGAUGCUCCAACUGUGUUGAUAACAGAUGUCCCAUCUUCUCAAGAUACAUUCAAGGACAGAGAAGCUGCUUAUCUUGCUGCUCGUGAACGAAUUUUUGCCUUUGAUGCGGAAGAGAGAAGAGAACCCGUGACGCAGCGACCACGAAAUGUUCCUGUAGUGGCUCGUCGUAUGAUUGCACAUGCCCUUGGCCAAAAGAUAGGUGCUACCGACCAUGAUGCUAGCAUAAAGGAUAGUGAAGGGAAUGACGUAGGCACUAACGGAUUCAAUGUGCCAGAAGAUGAUAAGUUCCACCCCAAUUCAAGCUUAGAAGCUAAUGAAGAAGCUAAUUAUACUCAGGGAUCAGGCCUAAAUCUGUCCGAUAAGGCAAAGGGUGAGAAGCACGAUGUCUCUGCAACUCUUACUGGGAGGAAGGUACCUAAAGAAUCUGUACAGGAAUAUGCAAAUGUCCCCUCAUCUCAGAGUGGGAGAGGUGAACAUGUUGCCAACAAGGAGUACUUGAAAAAAGAGCAUCUAGGAGCUGCAAAGAGGAUGUUUGCUCAAGCACUCGGAAGAAGCUCAGUGACGGUGAGAGAUGGGUUACAUUCGAAAGGCACUGAAUCAAAUCAAUUCGGUAGUACACAGUAGUAACCAAGUACUUCAUUGCUGGAUCCAAUCACUUGUCCCUGCUUAUGCUGUAUCCUUCAGCUGCAUGGGAGCUCUCUGAAUUUCCGUUCGGCCUGAUAACUGGUUUAUGAGUAUACUCUGGUAAUAGCCGUUAAACCUACCUGUGGGGAAAGCGCCGGACAUGACAAAUCUCCGGAGAUUGCACAAAUGGACUUCUCACUAUUUGGGUGCACAAGAAUAAAGGUUAUGCUGCUCUCUGCCAAUGCUUGGCUGGUGAUGAAAGGUUAUAUCAUGAGGAGAGAUAUGCUAGCAUUGGAAUGGAUAAUGGGUUUGACUCGACGAAUGAGGCGAUGGUGCUGGAUGAAAUCUGAUGCUUCAACCUUUGCUAAUCUGGAAUCAGUUGGACUUUGGACCACUCCAAGUAUGGAUGAGUAGUCUAAUGUGAAGUCCAUAAGUCCAUAUAUUCAAUUGUCUACUGUUUAUCAUUGAUUUUAUGUACUAAAGCACGAUCUGGAUAGGGAUGAUUUAUGAAUUUUGGUUUUCUUUUGCAAAGUCCAUGAGUAACAUGAUUGAACAAUUUUGAGUUCUCGACGGAAGUGUAUUUCAACAUGCCGGUGUUGAGAGACAGUUAACUUUCACAUCCUUAGAGAUUGUUUCAAGACAUUAGAGUAGCCUAGGUCAAUGAGUCUUACAUCUCCUCUAGCGACCCAAUGGCAAGUACUCUAU